ACAGUAUUUCGGGUUCAAAAUCAGAAGUCCUCAAACAUGCCAACACUCUCGAGUCUUCUGAUCCAGCAGCGCACCUGACGCUUGCUCGAUUGAGACAUUUCGGACCUCCUGAACACAUUUCUCUCCACUACGCCGACCUAGCGGUUUCUCCCCGUGCAAGUCGUCAUAUUCGUGUAAUAGCUCGCCGUCAGCAUGCCAUCGAUUCCCUUUCGCCCUCCCAGCCCAAUUCUGCAACGUCCAGGCUCCGACCUCAGAGUAUACAUCCCGUCCACCGCGCACAGCCGCCCAUGGCCGAUCCAAGGCGCGCAGGCAGUAUCAAUGGGCGACUCCGGUCGUGAACCCGCAGCGGGGUGCGUCCAGCGACCAGCGUCGCCGAGAAUCGUCGCACGACCAGCCUCGCCACUCGUAUCCGCACGACCGUCUUCUCCCCGCGUGGGCGCCAGAAUAGCCUCGCCUCGCGUGGCGACGCGACCGGCACCUCUGGAGAGCGACCGUCAGGAACAAUCGUUACAGCAACCGCUACAGUCACGACAGCAGCCGUUACAGCAACGGCUUCCGCUACAGGACUCGUUCGAGCUACCGUUACACUCACCAGCCGUAAUCCCCCCUGGAGUCCUGGUGGACCAUUACCCGCAGAAUCCCCCUCUCGAGCCAGAAGGCGUGAGUUUCGAAGAUGACGUGGCAGCAGUAAGAGGACCGGGAGCGGUGGGAAGGGUUCGCGCCAAUGGCGGUGCAUCGACAAAUGGCAUCAGCAGCGGCACUAGCAGCAGCCGUAUGAGCGGCAAUUCCGCCAUUCCCCACUCGGAGAGCCCGCGACGCUCUCGCAGCCGGGUUGCGACGUCGCCGACUCGCCCGCGAUCGACGCCGCAGCUAGAAUGCUUCCGUGUGCUCGGCGUGCCUCGCACCGCCUCGCUGCAGGAGAUACGCGUCGCGUACCGCUCCCUCUGCCGGAAGUGGCAUCCGGACUUGAAUAAGGAAGCGGGAGCAGCCGCCAUGUUCGUCGAUGUCAACCGAGCGUACGAGGCAGCGGUACAGGCGCACGAGCGCGCGAGCAAGGCGAAGCAGCAGCGGCCGGCGCGGAGAAAAGACGACUUCGACGAGUUCUGGGACGACUUUCUGGGCGGCGGGCCGUCCGUUGCCAAGGGCGACCCGCGGAGAAGACGACAAAGCGUGAAGCCGGGGAAUGGUGGGGAAGGCGAGCGAAUGAGAGACCCCUUGACUUGGUAACAGGGAGUGAGUGGGAGCAAGAAGGUGAAGAUGGAUGCUUGGGAGAGAAGGGACAUUGGCGUGAAAUGAGUCGAUUUUUGAGUCGACUAAAAAAUCGACUCAUUAAAGAUGGAUGCUUGGGAGAGUGAAGGAACAUUGGCGAGGCGAGGUAUGGCAACAUUGGGAUGCCACACGAGAUGAGGAGUCGAGGAUUGGAAGGAGUUGAAGCAGCAGCCACGCCUCCAUGGCAUGGAGGUGUUUUGAGUGCGCCCAGAACAGAGUGGCUGAUGGGAGGGAUGACCAGGGCGAUGGAGGAAAACCACUGCUGGACCAGACUGCUGCUGGCUCAUGUAGUGUCUCCAGAUAGGAAGAUGGUGUAGUGGAUGAAUGGGGCAGGUGAUUCUGACCAUGACUGUGCUGGCGUGGUGAUCGUGGGGAUGGUAUCGUGAGGCAUGGUGGACGUGGUUGACAAGGUCCCUCUAUGCGCUCAACCGCACACUGCUGGCGGCGCUUCCUGUGUGCUCUGACGUCCAACCCUCUACACGUGCACCUGCAACUAAGCACGAAUGUCACUCGCAUCGAGACAUGUUGCUGCAGUCCCCCCUGUACCCUUAACCACUUUCAUUGACCCACCCCAGCUCUCUCCUCUGAAGUGGAUUUGUCUGUGUGCUCGUCCAUAGGUUCGAGUGUUUGUGGACAGUGGUUAUGGUUGUAAUUUUGUAGGGUGCUAGCGUCUUUGUAUUAUUUUAUUGUCAAUAUACACAUGCUUUGUAU